AAGGGAGGGCUCCGUGGCUCCGUCCGACAUGCAGAGCCACUCGGCGCGUGGAGCGCAGGCACGUUGCGUCUUGUGUCGCGAACUUCGCCGCGUUCUAUCGCAUAGUAUAAAACAAUGGAAAAAUUCAUACAAGCUGUAAGAGCACAUCCCUGUCUAUGGAACCCACAGCACCCGCACAAUGCCGAUGUUCACGCUAGAGGGCAAGCCUGGCAAAACGUUAUUGAAGAAAUUAACGACAGUUCUAUACCAAAUAUUAAAACUGCACGAACCGAAUGGAGAAAACUUCGUGACAAUCAUCGAGAGGCUUUGAAGAGAGCUAAAUUAGGACAAAACAAAUUAUUACCAGCUCAAGUAACCACUUGGAAAUAUGCAAAAGCUAUGCAAUUCCUUGAACCCCAUAUGAAAUAUCGCAUUUCUGAAAAUAUAGAAAUUGAUCCACCUAUAAUAAUAGGAAAAAGUUCUGAACACGAUGUUUCUACGACAAAUACAAAAUCGGAUGUUAUUCCACUCAAACGCCGCUGUCCUGACCCUGAAGAGCCAGCUGCCUUGGGAGUAAAGCCACAAGAAAAGGAGAAAGACGCACUCGAAUCUUUCUUCAAUUGUAUUUUACAAAGUACUAGAGAAAUGCCAAACUGGAUGCAAACACAAGUGAAGAAAAAAAUUUUUGCAGUCAUUAUAGAUGCAGAAGAACAACUAUCAUCUCAAAUGCACACUUGGCAGAACCAAAAAAAGGAUGAAUACGAAAAUCAUGUCAUCAUCGAAAGCAACAUAAAGACUGAAAUCUUUGAGGACACCUAGACAUUUACUGAUAUUACUUUUGCAAUGUGUUUUAAUUAACCAUUUAAGAAAGUGGUAGAUUCCAUAAACAAUCUGGUAAAGUUGACUAUUAAUACCUAAUAAAGUAUUUGGUAAGAUAAUGUGUAAAUGAUAAUGAUGUGUUUAAUUGUUGGGUUAAAACCCAGAGAGCGCCCUAGGCAAGCACCUCACAGGUGCCCUUAAUUAUUUUUAGCACCGUUGUCACUCUAUGGCCAGUUGGGCACGCGUGUCUGACGGCGACCCUCUGUAACGUGGCGCCCUAGGCACUUGCCUAGCUUGCCUUAGGGUCUAGGGAUAACACGCUUCUAUCCCUGUAUCUAACCUACAGAAAUGCUGUGAUUUAUGAAUUACACGGAAAACAAUAAAUAACUAAUUUACAGUUAAGUACUA